AUGAUUCUUUCAAGUGCAGUGGGACAGAAGUUCCAGCUCAGUGCAGUGGGACAGAAGUUCCAGCUCAGUGCAGUGGGACAGAAGUUCCAGCUCGGUGCAGUGGGACAGAAAUUCCAGCUCGGUGCAGUGGGACAGAAGUUCCAGCUCGGUGCAGUGGGACAGAAGUUCCAGCUCAGUGCAGUGCGACAGAAGUUCCAGCUCAGUGCAGUGCGACAGAAGUUCCAGCUCAGUGCAGUGGGACAGAAGUUCCAGCUCGGUGCAGUGGGACAGAAGUUCCAGCUCAGUGCAGUGCGACAGAAGUUCCAGCUCAGUGGCAUGAUGUCCAAAGAAAAGGUGUUGUGUCCCCAUAAACCAAUGGCUCAGUAUAACUGUUCCUCUCUGGGUCUGCCUGCCACCACUCCUGACCAGCUUGGUUGGAACGUGUCCUGGGCCCUGGGCAACGUCAGUGCUGAUGACAUGGAGGACACGUGCCUGAAUCGGAGUCAGUACCUGGAGAAGUUUCUAGGCUUCCAGCGGUCGCCUGUUUUCCUGCCGGUUUGCAUUACCUUCCUCAUCAUCUUCGCUGUGGGAGUGUUAGGGAACGUGCUCACCUGCGCCGUCAUCGUGCACUACAAGGUGAUGCGGACGCCAACUAAUUACUACCUGUUCAGUCUGGCCGUGUCCGACUUAUUAGUCCUACUGCUGGGUAUGCCGUUGGAACUCUACGAGAUGUGGAGCAACUACCCGUUCCUGUUCGGCGCCGGCGGCUGUUACUUCAAGACCUUCCUGUUUGAAACGGUCUGCUUUGCCUCCAUUCUCAAUGUAACGGCACUGAGCGUGGAGCGCUACAUCGCUGUGUUACACCCGCUGAAAGUCAAGCACGUGGCCACACACGCCCAUGCCAAGCGUGUCAUCCUGAUGCUGUGGGUCAUAUCCAUGGUGUGCGCCAUGCCAAACACCAGCCUCCACGGUGUGGCCGUGUUGAGGCCCCGAUUUGGCCGCCAAUUCCCAGAGUCGGCCAUCUGCAUGAUGGUCAAGCCCAUGUGGAUGUACAACCUGAUUAUUCAAGUGACCACGCUGGUCUUCUUCCUGAUGCCUAUACUCACCAUCACUGUGCUGUACCUGCGCAUCGGCCUGCAGCUCAGGAUGGAGAGACGCAUGCAGGGGGUCGGGACCGGGCAGGGUUUUGGUCCUGAUCGCCACUGCAGACACCAGCAGAGGGCGCGCCACCGACAAGUCACCAAGAUGCUUUGCGUACUGGUGAUUGUUUUUGGCAUCUGCUGGGCUCCCUUCCACAUUGACCGUCUCAUGUGGAGCUUCAUAAACUCCUGGACUGGCCACCACCACCUGAUCUUCGAGUACGUCCACAUCGUCUCCGGGGUCUUCUUCUACCUCAGCUCGGCGGUCAACCCCAUCCUCUACAACCUCAUGUCCACCCGCUUCCGGGAGAUGUUCCAGCAUAUCACGUGUCGCUCCGGCCUCUGUGGCGGCGACGUGCGCCUGCUGAACGCCCGUAGCACCCAAAUUACCCUACGUAGUAUCGUCUAUGAGAAGCCGCAACAUAACACCCCAGACAGAGAGGAGCAGAAUGUGUACGUAAACCCCAACGGCCAGCAUGUAUAUGGCAAUACAAGCCCUGAUUAG